AUGCUCAAAGGUGUUCUCCUGUUCCUUUCCGCGGCUAGCUCGCUUCUUCCCUCUGCCUAUGGCAUUCCAGCUUCAGUUGCGUUCAAUAAACGGGCAGCGCUCGACGACUGGAUAGCAAACGAGACAUCCACUGCCCUGGCUGGCAUCCUCGCGAACAUUGGAUCUACGGGAGCCAAAUCGUAUGGAGCGGGUACUGGCUUGGUGCUGGCUAGCCCGUCCACUACGAACCCAGACUACUUCUACAUCUGGACGCGCGAUUCGGCACUAGUCUUCAAGACAUUGGUAGACCGCUUCAUCGCCUCGGGAGACACAAACCUGCAACUCGAAAUCAACGACUACAUCUCCGCGCAGGCCAAACUGCAAACCGUCUCCAACCCCUCCGGCGUUCUUUCCAACGGCGCCGGCCUCGGAGAGCCCAAGUUCAACCCUGACGGGACAGCUUUCACAGGAGACUGGGGACGCCCGCAAAGAGACGGUCCGGCCCUACGCGCUACAGCACUCAUCGCAUACGGCCGCUGGCUUCUCUCGAACGGCUAUAGCUCCGCAGCUACCAACAUCGUCUGGCCCAUUGUCCGCAACGACCUGCAAUACGUCGCGCAGUACUGGAACCAAACCGGCUUCGACCUGUGGGAGGAAGUCCAGGGCUCUAGUUUCUUCACGACCGCGGCGCAGCACCGCGCGCUCGUCGAAGGCAGCGCGUUCGCGAGCGCCGUCGGAUCGAGCUGUGCGAACUGCGACGCGCAGGCGCCCCAGGUGCGUUGCUUCCUGCAGCAAUACUGGAAUGGGCAGUUCGUCGUUGCGAAUAUCAACACGAAUAUUGGGAGGAGUGGGAAGGACGUGAAUGCGAUAUUGGCGAGUAUCCAGACUUUUGAUCCUAGUGCUGGCUGCGACGAUGUCACGUUCCAGCCUUGCUCGCCAAGGAUGCUGGCCAACCAUAAAGUCGUGACGGACUCGUUUCGCACGGUGUAUGGUACUAAUAAUGGGAUUGCUGCUGGCGAGGCUGUGGCGGUGGGACGGUAUCCAGAGGAUGUGUACUUCAACGGAAACCCCUGGUACCUCGCCACCCUAGCCGCAGCCGAGCAACUCUACUCCGCCCUCCACCAAAUCACCAAAGCAGGCUCCAUAACCAUAACAUCUACCUCGCUCCCCUUCUGGAAAGCCAUCUACUCCGCCGCCGCAACCGGGACGUACGCUUCCUCGUCCUCGACAUUCUCCGCCCUCACCUCAGCUCUCACAUCCUACGCCGACGGCUACACCGCCCUCGUGCAAAAAUACACACCCUCUUCCGGCGCCCUCGCUGAGCAAUUCGACAAAAGCACAGGCUCCCCCCUCUCAGCCGCCGACCUAACCUGGUCCUACGCCGCCUUCCUAACCAUGGCCUCCGCGCGCUCCAACACCAGCCUCCCCGCAUCCUGGGGCGCCGCAGCCGCGAACACCCUCCCCACAGUCUGCAGCCCAUCCUCCUCCUCCUCCGGCUCCUACACCCCGGCAACUGACACAUCCUGGCCCAGCUUCCCCUGCACGCCCGCCUCUAGCGUGCAAACCACGUUCAACGUGCUCGCGCCGACGACCCCGGGGCAGGACAUCUACGUCGUGGGCUCGGUUGCGCAGCUGGGGGGCUGGGACACGGCGAGCGCGGUGCUGCUGAGCGCGGAUAGGUACAGAAGUGAUAUGCCGCUCUGGUAUGGCAGCGUGGUGCUGGCGCCGGGGACGAGCGUGGAGUAUAAGUAUAUCCGGAAGGAUGCCGGGGGCGGUGUGGUGUGGGAGAGCGAUCCGAAUCGGGAGUUUACGGUGCCGGGGGGUUGUCGGAGCGCGGCUGCGGUGGGGGAUAGUUGGCGUUAA